UUAGUGAUUGAGUGGUGAACUGUUCCACGGGAUUUAAAAAAAAACCAUGACUUUGGUGAAGAUUACUUUCCUCUUCCUAGUUGUAUCACAAGUAGUACUGGCAUACCCUAGGAUAAUUUAUCAGCAGCACACCCAAGAGGACGAUCAUGAAAGUAAUGCAGUGCAAUAUCCGCAAUUCUAUGGGAAUCCCAAAAUAGAUGUAGGUGCUGAUCAUCAAGAAACUGUUCAGGUAGCUGAUAGUCAUGUAGUGGCAGGAGAAUAUGAUCACGCUGAGAAAGAGGGACAUCAUGUGAUUGAUUAUUAUGCACACCCAAAAUACACAUUCAAGUACGGCGUAAACGACUAUCACACAGGAGACAUCAAAAGCCAACACGAAUCCCGAGAUGGCGACGUUGUGAAAGGGCAGUACUCUCUUGUAGAACCAGACGGUUCUAUCAGAACUGUGGAAUAUACUGCGGACAAACACAGCGGUUUCAACGCCGUGGUACACAAAACGGAACCCACCAAACACAUCGAAAGUCCUCAACAACAAGAACACCACUUGGAAGAUCAUCAGCAACAGAAGCAGUACCAACCUGACCAUCAUCAACUUCUUAGAGGACAUCAGCAGAUCCUUGGGGAUAUUGAACAAAUCAACGGAGCACAUGAAGAACUUCCAAGCGAAUACCAACAAGUUCCCGAAGUACAUGAACAAGAUGGUGACGAUGAAGGCCAAUAUACUCAAAAGCAUUAUUAGAUAUUGUCGGCAGAAUUUGAUACGUAGAUGACUGAAGACGAAGUAGUAUGCAUCGAUUUAGACUUAAGUUAUUGGACUGAGUAUUAUUGCUUUUUAUGAAAAGUAUCAAGGUCCUGAUAGCAGUGCGUGAAAGCCUGUAUGAUUUAUUUUGAGUACACUUAUGACAGAAUAAUUUUCAAAUAUGCACUACUUGUAUUCUCUUGCGUGUGCUGAAUUCUCAGCUUUGGUUUGAAAAACUUUUGGAACCAUUCCAAAUUUUGGGUAUCGAUUUACAACAAAGUCUAAAUGUUGAUAUCGUUAAAAAAUAGUAAUAAUACUAGUGAAGUUAUGUUGUAACGAUAAUUGCGAGUGAUUGUUCACAAUAUCAGAAGUCAGGAAGAGGUGAUAUUUUGUUUGUUUAUAAUUAUGCACAUCCUGGAACUGAAUUGUUUAAAAAAAAAUGAAAAUUUGAGCAGUAUUAUAUUCGCUAUCAUCGAACUAUUAUUGUUUAAGAAGUAAUAUUCAAAUUACAUUCAAUCAUUUUUGUUAUUUAGAUUUGUAAUUAUUGUUAUUUUUCUGGUGUUUUGUUAUAAAUGAAUACAUUUUAUUGAAUUAUAUUUUGGUUAA